CAAAGUCUGCACACGACAAACAACGGGCGAUUGUAGCCUAGGGAGUAUAACGCAACGCAAGUUGAUCGUCGGCAAAGUUAUCAAAAGCUUAUACUGUACUACAAGCUAGCCGAAAUCGACUGCAGUCUUCAUCCAGUAGGUAAGUCGCCCUGUACCUGUGAGUUUUUCAUUCAGCGAGACGAUCGACAACUCACGAGCAACGUACGUCGAGACUCGAGAUCGAUCAUGGACGUGGUGAGCGCGAUCACCAACGUGGUGCAGGAGAUAGUAAAGGCGGCGGUCACGGCCCGGAACAACAAGAAGAGGUGCCUUGACCUCGCCGACCGCGCACAAGCCAUCGUCGACCUCAUCCACAAUCCCGACGGCUCCUCCACGGCGAGCACGACCAGCAGCGGCAGCGGCCGCACGAUGACAAUGAAAGAGCCCUUUCUCAACAGGCUGAAGGCCGUGCUCGACGAGGCGCUCAAGCUCGUCGAGUCCCAGCAGCCGGGGGGCUUUGUCGACGGGGGCAAGAAGCUGAUCACCAGUACUUGGACGGCCGACAAAUUCGUAACUGUUGAUGCGAAGAUCACCGCCUGCGUCACCGACUUCGGCCUGGCGGAACAGUUCGCCGCUCGCCAUCGUGCCUGCCGCGCCAACAAGGGGACUCACUCGGCACCCUCCCCUGCUCCGGAGCGCCACCAGCAGAGCUUCCUGUCCACGCCGGGGUCGUCACAGCAGCACCAGAGCUCGCAGCCGGCGACUUCGCCGUUGCAGCCACGCCGGAGCUCACGACUGUUGCAGCAGAACCAGAGGUUCCAGUCCGAGGAGUCGUCGACCCAGCAGCAACGGAGCUCGCGGUACACGCCACCGCCGUUACAGCAGCAGCACCGAAGCUUAGGGCUACCAUCAUCGCAGCAGCAGCAUCAGCACCAGAGUUCUCAGCCCGCAGGCCCGGACUACCACCGUCGCAGCAACAGACCACAUCCCUCAGCUCGCGAGAUUGCAUCACAAUUCAGCACGGGAGCUCGCAGCCCGAACAGCACCAGAAUUCUCAGCCCGCAGCCCCGAAGUACCACCGUCGCAGCAACAGACCACAUCUCUCAGCUCCCGAGAUUGUAUCAGCAAUUCAGCACGGGAGCUCGCAGCCCAAACUACCACCGCGCGGGGCGGGAGCACCAUAACUCCCAGCCGGCGAUGCUGCUGUCUCAGCUCAGCGGUACCAGAGCUUUGCAGAGCUCGCAGUCCAUCCUACCACCGUCGCAGCAACACCAGAAGCUGAAACGUCGAUAAGCGAUCGGGCUUGUGGCGAGGCGAGGUAAGCGGGCAUGCAUGUAUCGAAGGUACAGUUAGUACAGUACAGUACAGUAGCAUAGCUCCCUGGACACUCUGUCCUGUCCUGGAACUGAGUGUAUGGGACUGUGUAAUACUCCAUCUGUUUCUUCUCACUCUAAAAUGUAUCUUAAGUCAAACUUUAUGAAAUUUCACCAUAUUUAUAUUUAAACAUAUCAACAUCUAUAAUAUUGAAGAUAUACAAUAUAAAACUUUAUUCCGU